AUGGUCCUGGUCCACGUCGGCUAUCUCGUGCUUCCAGUGUUUGGCUCUGUGCGAAACAGAGGUGCCCCCUUUCAAAGGUCUCAGCAUCCUCACGCUACCUCCUGCCGCCACUUCCACCUGGGCCCCCCGCAGCCGCAACAGCUCACCCCAGAUUUCCCGCUGGCCCACCCCGUGCAGUCGCAGCCGGGCCUCAGCGCCCACAUGGCCCCGGCCCACCAGCACAGCAGCACACUGCACCAGUCGCUGACCCCACUGCCCACCCUGCAGUUCCAGGACGUCACAGGUCCCUCUUUCCUACCUCAGGCCCUGCACCAGCAAUACCUCCUGCAGCAGCAGCUCCUGGAAGCCCAGCACCGCAGGCUCGUUGCGCACCCCAGGCGGAGUCAGGAGCGUGUGUCCGUCCACCCCCACCGCCUCCACCCCAGCUUCGACUUUGGCCACCAACUGCAGACACCUCAGCCCCGGUAUCUGGCUGAGGGCACUGACUGGGACCUCAGUGUGGACGCAGGCCUGAGUCCCGCUCAGUUCCAAGUGCGGCCCAUCCCUCAGCAUUAUCAGCAUUACCUAGCAACUCCUCGAAUGCACCACUUCCCCAGAAACUCCUCCUCCACGCAGAUGGUUGUCCAUGAAAUCCGAAACUACCCUUAUCCCCAGCUUCACUUCCUUGCACUCCAGGGGCUAAAUCCCAGUAGACACACCUCUGCUGUGAGAGAGAGUUACGAGGAGCUGCUGCAGCUUGAGGACAGGUUGGGAAAUGUGACUCGAGGAGCUGUGCAGAACACCAUCGAGAGGUUUACCUUCCCCCACAAGUACAAGAAGCGAAGACCCCAGGAUGGCAAGGGCAAGAAGGAUGAGGGAGAGGAGUCAGACACAGAUGAGAAAUGCACAAUUUGCCUAUCUAUGCUGGAGGAUGGAGAAGAUGUGAGGCGCUUACCCUGUAUGCAUCUCUUCCACCAACUGUGUGUGGACCAGUGGCUCGCGAUGAGCAAGAAAUGCCCCAUCUGCCGAGUGGACAUUGAGACACAACUGGGAGCCGACAGCUGAGGGAGGAGUUAGCCAGUGGAUGCCCCAUUUCCUUCACCAGGUCCCCCCACGGCCAUAGCCCUUGCAGCCAAACUUUGCCUUCUGAGCCAUUUGACGUAGAGGAGAAGCCUGCAAGCACAUUUCGUGGAAAAGAGUUGGUGGUAUCAGUGUCUGAGGGAGAGGGAGGGUUGAGGGAGGACCCACCUAUCCAGAAUGGCGAUUGCCCCAUCUACCUUGCUGUGCAGGAGGGAGGGAGGGAGCUGGCCGUGCCCAGAGCGGGGACAAGAAGGGGGGGCCCAGCUGCUAAGAACGAGAUGCUAAGAACUAGAUCCCUGAGGGUACUAGCUGGUAGACUGGCCCCUCAAUCCUGCCCUUUGAAGGAUUGUGUAUAUACCUCUCGACCACGUAGAAACCAUGUAGGGGUCUCUAGCUAUUUCUGUGGAUGGCAGCCAGAGCAUGUUAGCUUAAGAAAAAUGUCGUGUGUGGUGCUCUAGUCAUCUGUGGUGGACAUGUCGCUAUUACCGAACUUGCACCAAAUAUUUCUCAUGAGUUUUCUUGUUUUGGUGCCUGACUGAACCAAUCAACGACAGCCCCAAAUCUUCCCGUCUUUAGGAGAGAAAAGGAAUCAAAGGUGAAAAAAAAAAAAAA